AUGACGCUCGAUGCCCGAAUCAACGAACUCCGUUCUGAAGCUGAAAGCCUUGAGGCUAUAGCCAAAAAUAUAGGUAAGGCUUCUCUCCCAGGUGUCGUCAUAGCGUGGGAGAGAGCGACCGAUUUGGCCGAACAACACUACGGGAAUCUUGAUCAAAAGACUUUGGAGAUACGUGAACGCCUAGCCGCAAGCCUUAUGAAGGCUGGAGACUUCCAGAAGGCGAUUGUGUGUGGACUGGAGAACGAGCAACGUACGCUCGAGCGCUACAGACGGGACCGGGGUUCUUCUCGCGAAAUUAGCGCCCCGGCACGGGCGUCCAAGGAAAACCACCUGGAGGCUCAAAGACAAUUAGCGCGGGCGUACUUAGAGAGCAAAGACUACAAGAAUGCGAUCAAAAAGUUCCGGGCAGUUGUCGAAGAUAACAUCAUAUCGAAGUCGGCGGAACAAAGAUGUAUGGACCGGGUGGAUCUUGCAGCGGCCAUGUACGAACUUGGUACAGACCGCGACAUUAUGGAAGCAAUAAAUCUGAACAUGACGACCUUGCAAAGAGCGGAGGCGAGUCUGGGAAAAGACCACAUUGAAUCCGUACAUGUAAGAUACAACCUAGGCAGAGAGUUGAGCGCUCUGAAGAAGUACGGCGACGCCCUGGAGAAAUUCAGCGAGGUGAUGGAGAUCCUCCAUUUGAAAAACUGCCAAGCCAGAUCAUCGCCCGAAUACCAACAGUAUCUAGAAGACACAGAGGACGCGGUUCGGACCUGUAAAAUCAAUAUCGACCGACAAAACUUGAAAGCAAGUCGGCGGGCUGACGCGGCAGUGGAAGAGAAAAGACGGAGAGAGGAGGUGCUCAAGGCGCAAGUGGCUGAGCAGAAGCGUCUGCAUGAGGUUGCUGCGGCAGCAGAGAAAGAGAGAAAGCGAAGAGAAGAACUCCUAAAGUCACAGAUAGCUGAGCAAGAACGUUUACAAGAAGCUGCAGACCGAGAAGAACGGGCCAAGGUAAGACAGCAAGCUGCCGCGGCAGCGGAAGAGAGAAGACGGAGAGAAGUGCUCAAGACACAAAUAGAUGAGCAGAAACGUUUGAAAGAGUCUGCAGACCAGAAAGAGCAGGCUGACUUGAUACGAGCGCGCGAGGAAGAAGAGGCGAGAAGGAAGCAGAAGGAAAAGGACAGACGAGCGCGCAGAGCGAAAGAAGAAGAGAAGAAACAAAUAGCUGAACAGAAGCGUCUUAGAGAGGUUGCGGACCAAAAAGAGCAGGCUGACUUGGUACGAGCGCGCGAGGAAGAGGAGACGAAACGAAAGCAAGACGAGAAAGACAUACGAGCGCGCAAAGCAAAGGAAGAAGACAAGAAACAGAAAGAGCCAGGUAGGCAAGCAGCGCGAGAUGGAGAAACGGUGGCCAAAAGAAAAGCCAAAGACAUACAUCAAGCCGAGCAAACCCCAAUGCAAGAAGCAAGAGAGAAGAGAUGGAAAGGGAAGGAGACAGCGAAGCAACCAGCAGCGGAAAGCUCAAGGACAAGAGAAGAAAAAACCUUGGAGAAGCCGGAGGCAUCGAAAGCGGAGAAGAAAGAUCGCCGUAAUGAGGAUCAGAAGAAGAAUGCAGACCGGAAAAAGAUUGGGGAGGAACCGAUGAAGCGUCCGGAAGGAGAAAACACAAGACCGAAAAGUCGUGGGCAAGAUACGAAUAAGCAGCAAGACAAGAAGACUCCAGACAAGAAAGAAACCCGGGAGCCUUCGGGUACAGACAGAGCAGCGAGACGGGAGUCCGAAAAGAAUUCUGGGCCCAAGGCGCAAGCCAAACCACUGGAGAAGCAGCCUCCAGAACCGAAAAAGGAGCGUAAAGAAAAAGAUGAGCACCAGAAGACGGGAAGGAGGAGCCCCAGAAUAGACCCAGUCGAUACACCAGUGGCACACACCCAGGACCUUUUGAGUGCAGACAGAGCAGCGAGACGAGACACCGAAAGGCUUUCAGCUUCCAAAGCGCAAGCCAAAUCACUGGAGAAGCAGCCUCAAGAACCACAAAAGGAGCGUAAAGAGAAAGAUGACCAUGAGAACGCGGGAAGGAGAAGCCCCAGAAAAGAUCCAGCCGAUAUACCAGUGGCGCAAACCCAGGACCCUUUGGGUGCAGACAGAGAAACGAGACAGGAGACUGUAAAAGGUUCAGCCAAACAACAGGAGAAGCAGCCUCCAGAGUCACAGAAAGAUCGUCAAAAGAAAGACGAGCACCGGAAGGUCGAAAAGAAGAGCCCCAAGACGGAUCCAGCCGAGAUACCGGUGGCGCAACAUCCACCUCUACCAACACACAAAGCCCAGAGUGAGGUAUUGCCGAACGCGAUAUCCCGCAAAAGCGAAAGUUCGACUCUUCCCAAGUCUACCACUGCUCUGCCAGCGAAGAUUGAGGCGGUCUCAACGCCGGUGAGCGGCGCAAAAGCGAGUCCGACACAUCAGGUGAAGUUUUCCCCUGCGAUAGAGAUCAUUGUACACAACCAGAGUUCCUCGAGGGAAGACUCUUCACGUUCGAGUGUGAACCCCAGAAAAAGAGAGACUACAGAAGAGCCAUCGUCUAAGCAAACACCACCCGAGAUUCACCGUGUGUCCAGGAAAAGUAUCCCCCCGGCAAACCCAGCGGGUGAGGAGAACAUAUUGCAACAGUUGGAUGCGCUUGCAAAGGCUCUGAAGGGGCUUGAGGCACAUAAUGAAGAGCUGGGCAACGCUAGUUCUGCUGUUGAGUGGCAAAGUACAACACUUGGAAAGGAAAGGUCCCUUCGAGCAGUGUCACCAGCAGAAGAUGCACACCCACAAUCGAGCGCGCAGCGCGAGGGUUCGGCUAAGGAGCAGCUGCCGGAACGCAGUAAUCGAUCUCCAGCACCGGGAGCGCAUUCCGAGCAAACCACAGGUCAAUCUAGCAAGAUAAACAACGAACCUGCGACAGAUCAAAUAGUUCGCACCUCAAUGUCGUGGUUAGGGAAGCAGACCAAACAGAUGGUAGACCUGCUGGUUCCAACAGCUUCGCCGCGUGUUCCAAUCACGCCCAGAACGAUCUCUGAGUCCUUCGUGUCGAGAAAAGAGCCAGAGCAGGGAAGCAGCACUCGUGAGGCUGAGAUAUGGUUCGACACACAAUCUCAGCCUCAUGUACGAUCUGAAUCUGUUCCAAUCAUCCACCAAGAGACGUCCAAGGCCGAUGUAAGGGAUAGUUUCGUGCCCGGUGGGUGGCAUCAAGACUUUGAUGAUCCCAGCCCUCUUCAUGGAUUGAGAAAGAUCCGCUCCAACGACCAACCAGGCCAGAAAGGCUUGCGGGUAGUGCAGACAGAAGACGGAAGACACAGGCGCGCCUCAUCCGUAAACAUAUUGAGAAGAAGUAUUUCCGAAAUGAGUAGUGCGCCAAUCCAAAACUGGAGCGCCCAAGAGUGA